AUGAAAGAGAACGCCAGAGCAUGUAUUUGGUUUGAUUUUGAAGGGCUGUCCCGGAUGUGUGAUGGUUUAGCGUCUUGGCUGUCUUGUGCCCGCCUCGGCUCACCUCAGCUCAGGGUCCACACACAGCGGACAAGGAAAGGGUCAGCCAUGUUGAGAGCGCUGCGUCACCGAAGCUGUGGGACGCGCUGCUGCCUUGCUGUCCAGCGCCGCUACGAGCACCACCGGGCCGUCAUCGCCAUCCGCCGAGAGGACAUCAACCCCUGGGAGAGGAGGGCACCGCUGGCCCCGAGACACGUCCGCGAGCUCACCAACGCCGGAGUCAAAGUCCUGGUGCAGCCGUCCAACCGCAGGGCCAUCCACGAGAAGUACUAUGCCAAAGCGGGGGCCAUGGUUCAAGAGGACAUUUCUGAAGCGUCCCUCAUAGUUGGAGUGAAGAGGAUGCCAGAGGACCUGGUGAUGCCCAGAAAGACCUACGCCUUCUUUUCUCACACCAUCAAAGCUCAGGAGGCCAACAUGGCGCUCCUGGAGGACCUGUUAAAGAAGGAGGUGCGCCUGAUCGACUACGAGAAGAUGGUGGAUCCCAACGGUUUCCGAAUUGUGGCUUUCGGCCAGUGGGCGGGAGUGGCAGGAAUGAUCAAUAUUUUGCACGGCCUGGGACUGCGGCUUCUUGCUCUCGGUCACCACACUCCCUUUAUGCACAUCGGCAUGGCUCAUAACUACAGAAACGUCAGCCAGGCCAUCCAGGCGGUACGCGACUGCGGCUACGAACUGUCCAUGGGGCUGAUGCCUAAGUCCAUUGGACCAGUGACGUUCUGCUUCACCGGGACUGGAAACGUGUCAAAGGGAGCUCAGGAUAUCAUCAAUGAGCUGCCUGUGGAAUAUGUGGAGCCACACGAGUUAAAAGAUGUCUCAGAAACUGGAGAUUUGACCAAAGUCUAUGCCACCGUGCUGAGUCGCCACCAUCACCUCGUGAGGAAAAGUGACGGCAUCUAUGACCCCCUGGAGUACGAAAACCACCCCGAGCUGUACACGUCCCACUUCAGGACCAGCGUAGCGCCUUACACCACCUGCCUGAUCAAUGGCAUUUACUGGGAUCGCCACACCCCACGCCUCCUCAGACGCCUGGAUGCCCAAAAGUUAAGAAGACCGCCCAAAAACGCCUUGGUGUGCAACGAAGGCUCGCCCGCACUGCCCCAUAGACUUUUAGCCAUCUGCGACAUAUCGGCAGACACGGGGGGCUCCAUAGAGUUCAUGACCGAAUGCACCACCAUCGAUAAGCCUUUCUGUAUGUACGACGCCGACCAGCACAUUGACCAUGACAGAUCUGACUUUCCUUUACACUACAGUGUUGAGGGUAAUGGAAUCCUCAUGUGCUCUAUCGACAACCUGCCCGCGCAGCUACCCAUCGAGGCCACCGAGUACUUUGGGGACCGCCUCUUCCCCUACAUCUGGGAGAUGUUGCCUUCAGACGCCACCAGACCACUCGAAGAGGAAGAAUUCAGCCCGCAAGUCAGAGACGCUGUCAUAACUUCAAACGGGAAACUCACGCCAAAGUUUGAGUACAUUGACAAACUGCGGGAAAGGAGGGAGAAGGCUCAGAUCAUGAAGAAGAGUGGGAUGAAGAGAGUCCUGCUGCUGGGGACUGGCUACGUGUCGGGCCCCGUCGUGGAGUACCUGACCCGGGACGACAAGACCCAGGUCACCGUGGCCUCUGUGGUUCUGAGGCAGGCUGAGGAGCUCGCUGCAAAAUACCCAAACACCAUCCCAGUGGUGAUGGACGUGGGCAGCCAGGAGGGACAUCUGGACUCGCUCAUCAAAGACCAUGAUCUGGUCAUCAGCCUGUUGCCGUACACGUUCCAUCCCCUCGUGGCCAAACACUGCAUUCAGAGGAAGAAGAACAUGGUGACGGCCAGUUACCUGAGCCCAGACAUGAAGGCGCUGGAGAGCAGUGCGCUGGAGGCUGGCAUCACCAUCGUGAAUGAGAUGGGACUGGACCCUGGCAUAGACCACAUGUUGGCCAUGGAGUGCAUCGACCAGGCUAAAGUUGACGGCUGCACCGUGGAGUCGUACAUCUCAUUCUGCGGAGGACUUCCAGCCCCAGAGUGCUCAGAUAACCCUCUGCGCUACAAGUUCAGCUGGAGUCCAUACGGGGUGCUAAUGAACACCAUCAGCACGGCCGUCUACCUGAAAGACGGAGAGGUUGUGACCGUACCGCCCGGUGGAUCCCUGAUGGAGUCUGCGGCUGAGAUGGACUUCUUCCCUGGGUUUAACCUGGAAGGCUACCCCAACCGAGACAGCACCAAGUACGCCGAGCCGUACGGGAUCCAGAGUGCCCACACGCUCCUCAGAGGAACCCUGCGUUUCAAGGGCUUCACCAACGCCAUGAGUGGAUUCGUCAAACUGGGCCUGAUCGACAGCAAAGCAUGCCCUCUCCUUGAGCGGAACGCCUCCGCUGUUACCUGGAAAGAUAUCCUGUGCAAACAAAUGGGACUGACCCCUUCCAUUUCCCAAGAGUCCUUUGAAGAGGCGGUUUACGAGCGAGUCGGGAGAGACCAGUUCAGGAUGGAGACGCUCCGAUGGUUCGGGAUGCUGGGAGAAGAAGUGGUGCCGCAUGCCGACAGUGUGCUCACCGCGCUGGCUAAACAUCUGGAAGUCAAGCUGUCGUUUGGCAAGAGGGAGCGCGACCUGAUCGUGAUGCGCAACGACCUGGGCCUGCGACACCCGACUGGCGAGCUGGAGACCAAGCACAUCAGCAUGGUGGUGUACGGCGACCCCGACGGCUUCUCCGCCAUGGCCAAGACUGUGGGCUACCCCGCGGCCAUCGCAGCGCGCAUGCUCCUGGACGGUGAGAUCCGCUCCAAAGGGCUGGUGAUCCCCAUGACGAAGGAGGUGUACGCUCCGGCACUGGCCCGACUCAAAGAAGAAGGAAUCCAAAUCGUCACCAAGUCCACGCUGCACGAGUAG